AUGUCGUCUUCUUCUUCGACCCAAAUAUUGGCAGAGUACGCGAAAUCGAAGAGGUCCUCCUGCAAGAAGUGCUCGAAAGCGAUCGACGCUAAGGCUCUGAGGCUGGGCUUGGUCAGCAGAGACGCGCGCGGUUUCGACGUGACCAAGUGGCACCACUUGGAUUGCUUUAACUUCGGCUCCGAGUCGGUUGCUUCGGUCGAGAAAAUUAAAGGGUUUCAGUCUUUGGAGAGUAGUGAUCAGGAAUCUUUGAAGAAAUUGGUGGCAGCCACGGAUAAAUCUCGAGGGGAGGGUUCAAAUGAAAGUACACACGUGGUUCAAGGAAAGGAAAGUUCUCAAGGAAAAAGAGUUCAUGAAGUAGAUGAAAAUGAAAAUGAAGAAGAGGAAAGGAGCCUAAAGAAAGAGAAGUCAUCUAAAUGUGAUGGACAAGCUAAGCUGGACAUAUCCUUUACAAUUUCUGAUGUGAAAGACAAGUACAAGGAUGCAACUCUUUCACCUAAAUGGAAGGCGUUCCAAACAAUCAUAUUUCUUGAACGGGAUGAUGGACUACAUGAUUCAAGUAAAAUUGCUGCUUUUGAUUUUGAUGGAUGUCUUGCAAAUACUAAUGUAAAGAGGGUAGGUGCUGAUGCUUGGUCCCUUAUGUAUCCUUCAAUUCCUGAUAAGCUACAAAGCCUGUAUGGGGAUGGCUACAAGCUGGUAAUUUUUACAAAUGAGUCCAACAUUGAGCGCUGGAAGAACAAGAGACAAGUAGCUGUGGACUCAAAAAUUGGUCGGCUCAACAACUUUAUUAAGAAAGUGAAGGUCCCAAUUCAGGUUUUCAUAGCUUGUGGCCUUGGAAAAUCUGGUGGUCAAGCAGAAGACCCCUUUCGCAAACCCAAGCCGGGGAUGUGGCAUAUAUUGGAACAACACUUCAACUCUGGCAUUUCCAUUGACAUGGAUCAAUCCUUUUAUGUUGGUGAUGCAGCUGGGAGAAAAAAUGAUCACAGUGAUGCUGAUAUUAAAUUUGCGGAGGCUGUCGGUUUAAAAUUUUAUGUCCCAGAGGAAUACUUUGGUGUUUGA